GCCCAUGGAUAGAGUGCAAUAGCACACGCGAGAUUCGGGGUAGCGCAAAUGGGCGGCGGCGGCGGCGGGAGGCCGACGGCGAGCGGGGCGAACAGCAGCAGCAGCAGCGAUGAUGACGGGGACGCCGCCUGGAAGGCGGCCAUCGAAUCCAUCGCCGCCGUGGGUUUCGGCCUGCCGCUGUCCAACGGCGCGGCGAAGGCCACCUCUGGCGGCGGCGGCGAGGCCAGCCACGGCGUGGAGCAGCAGCCGCCGCAGGAGGGGAAGGCGCAAGCACCUGGGCUUAAGCUUUACCAGAUCAAGGUAAGGAACAUGUUGGACAACAUGUUAGAGAAAAACCUUGAAAUAGUCAAAACUACCUGUUCGAACUUGGCCGAUCCUAUGGAAACAGAUGGAGGGAUAAAAUUAUUUAAAAAGGCUCCACCUGGCAUCAGAAUGGAUGCCAUGGAUAAAUACCAUGUGCAACUGAAGAGACCAAGAAUUCUGCCUGGAACAGAUAUCGAUGAGAAAUCCAAGAAGUUCAGGCAUAUGCUUAAGUCUGUUGCUGUUGAUGGCAAUGAUAUACUUGUUUCCGCAAAGAAAUCAUCAGAAAGAUCAUUGGCUAGAUUGGAAGCAAGAGAAGCUGCAGCGAAGGCAGCAGCCAAGAGGGAAGAAGAAAGGGUGCGGGAACUGAAGAAGACUAGGGGAGAGAAAUGGCUUCCUUCAAUUGCUAGACAAAUGAAGGAAGAAAAAGCUUGGGAGCAACGGAAGUGAUGAUGCCACCAUCAUAUCAAUAGGGGUACCUGUGCUAAUCUCUGAUGCCAUCAUCGGCACUUCGGCAGUGACCUUCUUCACUUUCUGUCUAUGACAAGGGACAGUAGAUAGAUCAUAGAUUAAUGGAUGAUUUUGCGUAGCUGAUAAUUCAGUUCUGGAUGUCAGCAUUGCUCUGAUCCCUAUAUGGGCCUUCUUUGUAGACAAUUUUGUAUUGUAACAUUCCAGGAUCUUGUGUGAUGAAAGUAGCGUAUGUAUGCAUUAUUUGGAUAUGAA